UUGUAUCCACAAGUUGAUGAUUUACUCCGGUGAUUGAUCCAAUGAGUGAAUGCAUCAGUGAUUUAUUCCAGUUUAGUUAAUUGUGGUUAAUUGAUAACGGGCCUGGUUUGGCCUCCUUUCCAGGCCAAUAGCUUGAACUUAGGGCACAUGUGGAUUGAUCAAUCCUAACACUGAUGAGAGAUAUUUUAGCCUUCAAGGAUUAAUGGCGUACCGGGAUAAAUUGAAGAUACACCAGGCUGACCAAUCAGAGGGAGAUACCAUGGUCUACUGAGCUCCAAAUCCUCCCACAAACAAUUAAAAAAAUUACCAGUGAAAAAAUCGAAAAUAAUUUAAUGACCGCCGUCUAAACCUUCAAAAACCGAUCACCAGAAGUCCAAAAUCCAUAAAUUCAAAGGAACGAACAAUGGGGGUCCAGGAUUUGCAGACAUUUCUGGACAGUAACUGUGUUCCUGGUGGAGUGGUGCCAGUGGAUCUUCUAAAAAUCGCCCGAAACGUGAUCCAACGUCAGAGAAAUCGCCCCAACAAGAACCCCAACCACUCAAACAUCCUCCGACUGGUGCUGGAUGGUGAGUGUUGUCUGGAUCGUCUGUACGGUGGUUACUUCUCAGACUGGGCAUGUGGAGGCCAGUGGAAUCGAAUGGUUCAGUUCUUAGCUGUUCUCAUCCAGUCGAUAGAGCUAUCGGGUGUCGAGUUGGUGGUCUUCUUCAACGGCUGCAACGAGUCAGCAAGACGAGCCGAAUGGAUCCAGAAUCAAUUAAAAAUGCGUCUCAAGGUGAACAACGUCUUGAAACACAUAACGACAAAGGGCACACCACCACCAAAAAUCUGGUGGACACCUCCUGUGUGUCUUCGCACAGGUCUGCGAAUGGCCCUGCGUCACCUGAAGGUAUCGGUGAUGUGCAGUAUGGACGAUCAUCAUCAGGAGGUGAUAGCCUACUGUCGUGAGAAUAAUUUUCAUGGUCUGAUUGCUGACGACGCUGAGUACGCCAUAUUCGAUCCCCCCAGGUAUUUUUCCUCGGAGCAGCUGAAGCUCACGUACAAGGGAUCACUGGACAGUAAGGAGUACUUGAUGUCAGAGGUGACAAAGUCCCUGGGAGUACCAGCAGACAGGCUUUGCGUCCUGGGGGCACUUCUGGGUAAUUACAUUCUGACUGAGCACGAUCUCGUGGACUUCUACAAGAGACUGAACAUCAGCACAACAGGACCAAACAAAACUAAUAUCGAUCAGUCGAUUAAGACGAUCGCUGGAUAUGUGAAGGAAUUGCCAUCAGGUGAAAUUGAUGUCGUUGCGCAGAAGGUCUUUGGCAGCUUGGCCGACCCCAGGUGCUCCAAACUGAGGCAGUCAGUUCAGUACUACAUUAAUGGAACCAAGGAGGGCUUUCUGCAUUAUAAUAAGACAGUGAAGGCUGUCAGGGCACCCAAACAGGAGGCCAAACAGCCACCAGUUGUUCAACAGAACUCUGGAGAGGCUGUGACAGCGAGUGAGGACGAGUGUGGCAUUGAGACGUCCAGGUUCGCUUCGGAGACACUGGAGAGCGAACAGGAGAGUUUGAAUGCUUAUAAUGAGGCUACUGCCAAUGCCAAAGCAGCUCCACAGAUCGUGAUUGACCCUCCUGGGGUGCAGGGGAGUGGGGAGGGCGAGGGCAAAGCUGAGGAGGAGAGCAAUGGACAGGUCAAUGGGAAUCAUCUGGUUAUCAGUUCCUCCAGCUCGUCCAGUGGAUCCUCAGUUACUUCUCCAUUGCAUGCGGGCAGCGAGGGGAAGAAGGAGGAGAAAGUACUGAGUAUUCCGCCAACUGUUCCUGAAGUUAUGAGGACCGCUUCUGAGAGACAUCAGAAAGGACUCAUGUCUCCUCAUAUUUAUCAGAUAUUUAUCAAUGGGGAGAUUAAACUACCGGUGCUGCUGGAGGAUGAGAAUCAGAGGGAAACACCGUCUAUUCAUCUUAUUUAUCGACCUGUCAGGCAGAUGGUUUAUGCUAUUCUUUUUAAUCUGCAUCAUCGAAUCUAUCUUGCUACCAAGGCUAAAGAGAAGAAUGAAAAUGAAAAAAUUGAAGUGCCUGACGUUGUGAUCAAAGAAUGGAUCUGGUCCAAGGCGAAUCCCUAUCAGACUCCUGAAUAUGUAAAAGCCGAGCAGAUUGGAUGGGGAGUACCAACAAUUCAACGUCUCUGGUUUGGCUCUCGAGGGCAUCAUAGCACUGGAAUUGAUGACAAACGACGAAGACUGAGGGCUUUCUUGACUUGUAUGAAAUCAGAUACUCCACUAAUGCUGAACAUAUCUUAUGUACCACAACAUUUGCUGGUUAUGGCUUGUGUUCUCAGGUACAUCAUGUCGUUCUCUGACAAGAUAAAAAUCUUACGACGUCAGGAACUUGAUGCCUUCAUUGCCCAAGCAUUUUCCCCCGAUCUCAUGAAUGCUCAGUAUCUUCAGGAUCUUCAGUUACCACUUGUCACAUUCCGGGGAGUCCAGCUAUCAACAUUAUUCAUGGCUGGUGUUGAGACGGCUCUGCUGGCCAAUGACGCCUGUGGGGCUCCAAUUCCGUGGCUAAUGUGCUGUCCCUGGCUCUUCUUUGAUGGAAAAUUAUUUCAUCACACACUCGCUCGUUCGAUGAUGGCGAAAAAUCUGUGUGAUCUGUGUGGUGGUCACCUUGAUCGUGUUGUCAAAGUUGAGAGGGUGAGGAAGGCCAUCUUGGAGGGCAUCAAUGUGGUCUUUGCACGUCCACCGAUAACUCCAACUGCUCCAGGUUUUCGCAUUCCACCUCCAUCAGCCACCAAUAUUCUACCGGCAGGAUGCGCAAUAAACGAGAGCCUCGUUCGAGGUCGAGUGAAUCGCAGCAAUAUUCCCCUCAGGGAGUUGAUUCGGCGACCAGUGCCAUCACGAGGUGGUCAACUGGAGAUUGCUGGGGUUGUCGUGGGCCAGUGGGGUGCCAACUACGGUCAGCCAGGGAGAAUUCCCCAGCCAGUGCAUGGGCCACCACGUGGACGAAUGCCUCCACAGCAGGUACUUCGGGCUCUGGCGCCAUUCCCACGUCUCAAUGCCCGCAUGUUCCAGCCGAGGGGGAAUCCUGUUAAUUCUAGUGCUACGAGAGGAAAAAAGACUCAAAUGAAGGCAACAAGCAAGAAAAAGGGCGCCAUUAAGAAGAAUCAGGAGAACACGAAUAAGAAUGAAUCCAAGACACGUGAAAUUGUGGAGGAAACAAAUGCCGAUGGAUUUGCAAAACUCUUGACUAAAGACACGAAUGUGAAGAAAAUUCUUCCACCUCUAUCACCUCAGCCCGAUGAUAAGCCAAUAAUCGACCCUAAACCAGUUGAGAAGGGUCAGGGUGAUGUCCCCCUGGUGGCUCCGGAGCCCCUGAGGGAGAACUAAGUCACGACUAGCACUCGUGACGUUUUUUUUUUCAUCAGAUAAAUCUUCAUAAGAAGAUUAAUGCUCUCGGAUGUGACUCAAGACUGCAGCCAUUAUCUUUAUAUGACUAUCGAGCGGUUGUGCACGUAAGUGAUUAAAGACUAAAAAAUUAUUUUAAAUUAAACAAUUUAAAUUAAAAUGACUAUAAAACAUUUGAGUCUAUUUCCGUCAACAGUUGCUCCGCCUCUUUAUUAAAUUCGUUGAUUGUUGCGGAUUUUUCUCGCGAUGUUAUUUCUCAGAAAAUAAUUUUUUGAAAUUAAUGAAAAUUUGUUCUUGUUCGUUUUGUAUAAAAUUUAUUUUUCACAUUAAAAUUUAUAAAAUUCUUUCAAAAUUGUUGAACAAUCGAUACCGAAUGAUUCGAUUAUUGGUAUUUAAUUAUUGUGAUCUGUAGUUAGUGUACUAUUGCUCGAUGUCCAUAUAAUGCUCUCUGGUGGGGCCAAAAAACAAUAAACUGUUAAGGCGACGUACAGCCAGACGCUUUGGCGUGAGAAUUAUUCAAUAAAAUUGAAUAAAUGUUUUAAAAAUGUUAAUUCAAGGGGUUGAAUUAAUAUUAUUACACGACAAUGCCCCCUCACUGCCAAUAGUAGCGCCCAUAAUGCAUUGUUAAUGUGAAAAUAAACGGUCGAUGAAAUUAAUGGAAAUAAUAAUGAAGAGAAAUAACAAAUGUGACUUUAACUAUUGACAUUUCAACUUCAAUUUUUAUCGAUCAAUUGAUAUAUUGAUUGAAUUGGUAAUUGUUGGAGAUGGUAAUGAUGAACAUAGAGAACAAAGUUUAAUGAAAAAAUACUAAUUGUCAACUGUUAUAAGUAUUUAACUAUUAAGGAAGCGUGAUUAUUUUUUUGUAAACACGAUAAAAAUGUAUAUUUUCCGGUAUUAUAUGAAAUGCUCGCUUUGCCCAAUCUUGGUGCCCUGAACCAUCGUAUUUCAUAAUUUGUUAUUUAAUUAUUCGAAUUGUAAUUGCCAAUGGUAAUUGCAAUUUUGUGGUGAAUGAUUAGUUGUUAAGACAAUGGAACAAAUAUAGUUAAUACGAAUAAUAUGGGAGACCAAGAGGGCAUUAUUGGCGUAAAGAGACUGAUGCUUUUCAUAUAGGUAAAAUAUAUAUUUAUACAUUUAUUAAACGAUUAUUGAACGACGCCUGACUCUGCGCGUUUCACUGGGUCUUUUUUUGGGUUCGGUGGGCGAAAAUUUGAGGUGCUUCAGGGGUAAAUGCGCAGAGAGAGACACUAGGAUCUCCCAUAUUCACAUUGACCCGAGGGGGGUGAAGAGAAGACGUGGAAACUCUUCAUGUACUAGAAAAAUUUGAGUAAAAAUCUGUUGCAUUCUGGGGAACUCCCUUGGAAUUCUCCUCCAUUUUUUUCUGAUUUCUAUAGAGAAGUUUGCAGUCUUCAGUGACAUUUUCUAUUUAAAAAUGUUAUCCCAGAAUUUAUUCGGCAAUUUAUUAUUUACAGCUUAAGUAAUCAUCAUGUAAUUAUAAUUACUUUAAUUCAAAAAAUUCAGUCAAUUUAUAGUUCCGUGAAUUUUUUCCUUCGAAAUUUCUCGAAGGAAAUUUUUCUUUCGUUGAAAAUGUAAUUGAAAAACGUGAAAUUUAAUAUAGAACUCAGAAAACCUGAAGUGAAUUUCCAAAGUUCCCAGGGAAAGCCUCAAUUUCCUCAAAUUUUUCCGAGCAUGCCUUUAUCGUUUUACUGUUCGUGAAUUUGCCAAUGAGUUUGAUUGGAUCGAGGUGCCUGGUUAAGUGAGAAAAAAGAAAAUUUAUGAAGAAUUGUGAAUAUAUUAUUUAUGAUACGUACUAUAUAUCCGUAAUAACGAUAGAAUGAUCGUGAGGAUGAUCAGUCUACGGAUUUAUAAUUUUUUUAAUUCGCAAAGGGCAUGACUGUGUAAAUACUGAAUGUGUGAGUGAUUUUUUUUCUACCUGGGGAGAGAGGGGCGAGAGGUAACUAUUGUGUGUACAUAUUUAUUUGCUCGAAUAUAUAGAUGCGUUAAAUGAUGAUGGGUGAAUGGUGGAUUUAAAUAGUUAGGGAGCGGAGGGAGACGUAGACGGAGGCAUUAACGUAAUUUUGUGAGAAGAACCUGGAGAUUGUGGUAUCACUUGUGGAAAUGUUUCUCCACUCGUGAUAGGAGGAAAAGUCGUGAUAACGCCGUUAAUUGAGAUAAUAUAGAAAGAGGUUCAAGAUUGAUAGAAAAAAAUAAUGUUAUAUUUUUGUAGAUUUGUUAUUGCGUAAUAUGCAUUGAGACAAUGAGACAUUUUCUACGACGCAAGGGGAUGUAUAGUCGUUGGUAGGUGAUUUGGAUAAAUGAUGAUUUGAGUGAAUGAUUCGUAACGCAAAAUGGGAGCCUCGAAAUAUUGAAAAAGAAAAAUCUAUUGAUUUUACAAGAGAAAUAAAAAGGACACUUCAUUCGUCAACUUCGAUAAUUCACGUUUAAUUCCGGUAUUUUUUGGAUACUGAUGAAUAUUAGAAAAUCAUUGACAUUAAUGAUAACAAUAACGAUUGUAAUGGGGAAAAUUUAUGCUCACAAGACACUUGGAUAUUUAUUCCAGUCUUUUCAAAGCAUUUUGACAUAAUUUUUUCAUAAUCUUCAAAUGAGAUAAUUAAAUACGCAAACCAAAUGUUGACAUAGAAAUUGUCUGAUCAACUGGUGGAUGAUAAUGGUGAUGGCCAGUGUUGUUGAUGAUCAGUCGAUUGAAAAAUAAUAAAUAAAAACUUGAAACAUUUUUAAAACGUAAACGCAAAUGUGUGACACGACAAAAAUGCACUCGCCGCUGCAACCACUUUCAUUUUAUAAGCGAUGAUAAUGCGAGAUUAAUGAAAAUGUCGGAGAAUCAUUUUCGAAAUAAUUUCGAUUGUGAAGAAUUUCAGGUGAAAAUUAUCGGGAAAAAUAUCUAGUUUUUCCCCAUUUUUUUUCCUGAAAUUCUUGCGUUUUUAUCACUUCGCUAAAGAUUUAAAAAUCGUAUCAAUGAAUUGAUAAAAAUCAAACUAAUCAACAGAACACAAAUUGAUGUAUACCUUUGGUCCAGCUGUGACUGAACAAUUUACCAAAAACAAAUAAAAAAAUAACACGAACGGAUUUUAUUGGUUGAAGUAAAAGAAAAAUGAAAAUGCAGAAAAAAUUCACAUUUUUAAAGCACUGAGCCAAAAAAUUCGUUGAAUAAAGUGAAAAAUUAUAAAAUAUUCAAAGAGUAGAGCUGAAAAAAAAUAGAAAACAAAAUGAUUAAACGGCAUGUAAUACAAAAAAAACGUAAGAAAAUUGGGUGCGCUAAAAUUGCGCCUGCUUUAUUUGUUGUAGCAUACUGGGACCCACAAAAAAAUAAAAAUAAAUGAAUGAAAAAAAACUUAUCUAACAAUUCAAUUAUAACUGUAAACACGUUCAUGAAAAAAAAAUCAUAAUCUCUAUAUACUGUAUUUUAACUAUGUAAAACUCCAUUUUCAAAAUAUUAUGCAUCAUGUUGAAGGUGAAAAGAAAAUGAGAAAUAUAAAAAAAAUAUUAAAAAAGUUGAUUAAUAACAAAAAAAGGAUGUAUUCUGGUGCAGAGAGAGAAAAAUAACGGGAGUGUAGUGAAAUGCUUUGCAAGCAAAUUGUAGUUUGUACCGCGGGGUGACACUUAUAAUCCCCAUGACGUUAAAAAUAUUAUGAUUACGAUUUUUAGCAACAAUUGCCCUUCAAUUUAUUUCCAAGCUGAAUGUUUUUUCGAUUGUGAGGGAUUUAAAAAAAUACCAAUGGUAAUUUUUUCUGUAGAUUAACCCCUGAAGAUGUGUAAUUUCUUCGAUUAUAAUUUGAAUGAAUUAUUUCCCACUCAUUCACUAUCAAUUUGUUUAUCACGAAAAAAAAACCAAGGGAUAAUUAAUGAUAAUUCAAAGAAAAAUCGAAACCCAGAAAAUAAUUAGGGAAAACGUUCAAAUUCACGAAAUAUUCUGUAGAAAAUUGUGCGGAUUUUGAAAACUGAAUUUGAAGGGAUUUAAAAUGAAAAACACUAUCCAUGUAGAAUGAAGCGCACGUGGGUCCCAUUAUUAUAAUGUUCUUAAUGAAAUAGUAGAUAUGAAAAAUGCAAAGAUAAAAAAGAAAACAAAGCAACUUAAAAAAAAUAAAUUUCUGCGAUUGUUUAUUUUAUUCUCUUUAUUAGCAGAGUAAAAAAAACAAAACGAACUAAUAUUUACGCAAAAGCGAAGCAAAAUGUUAUUGUAAGCUAUUAUCAAUUAAUCAUUUGUGUUUAACUAAUUUUUCCAUUGAAUUAAUAUUAUCGUUUCAAUUAUUACUUUAUUUGCGAUGAAAUAAGUGCUGUAAUUCUGCGGUCCAGAGUCUACUCUAAAUCAAGUGAAAAAAUAAUUCAUUGAAAUAAUAAACACGAUGGUUUGUGAAAAAUAUCGAUAACACGUGAAAUUAUAAGAUCUCCACCAUUUAUUCAAUUUAAAAUGAAUGAAAAAUAAGAUUAAUUCGUGUCUUGAUAAACACGACUGAGCAAAUCUGAGAGUUCUCUGGCAAUCGCCUUCAGACACAGACAUAUAUAAAAUUUCACAUCAUUAAUAACAUUUAUUUAUCCCAUAGAACGUAUGUGUGCACAUAGGCGUUAAUUCGAGCAAAGAGAGGGAAAAAAUCAUUUUUAAUCAAAUAGAAAUGAAAGAAAAUUACCACAAUUAUCCGCUGAUAACCGAAAGUAUUGAAUAGACUCUGCAUAAACUCGAAUGAAUUUUGGGGAGGAAAUAAAUGAAAGAAGAAUUGUAUGUGUAAA